UGGCGUGACCGUGACCGUGACCGGCCCGGCCCGAGUCGACUAGGAUUCGGACAUGUAAUUUGUCCUUUGUUUUGUCCUCAAUCGAAAUCAGGAUACCUAAGCUAUACUGGUAGGCAAAAAGAUACCGGUACGCUAUACCGUAGUAGAAUUGGACGCGGCGGCGCCCUGGGUCUGCAAAGACCGAGACUCAGAUGACCCAAAGGAAAGGUACAGACCGCGGGCGCGCGGCAGCGCCACCACUUGGCUCUUCGACGCCCAUCAGUGCGAAGAAGCAAUAAACCGUAGCUGCCACAGGAUAAGCUGCCCGAGUCCGGGGGAGAUACGUGAUGGCCCGUGGACGGGACAAGGCGAGCGCGGCGCCGGUCGGCCGGGCCAGCGCCUCGCCGUCGCCCAUGCGCCAGGCCGGCACCGCGAAGCAGGCGGCGGAGUUGGGUCGGGCCGAGGACGUGCGCGGUCUCUUCGACGACAUCGCCGCGGCGCGGCCGUCGGCCGUCGCGGAGGCGGGGCUGGGCGCGCUCCAACGUUCGAUACCGGGCUGCGCGCGCGCCGAGGAGGCCGCGGCGCUCGCGGUCGAGGGCGCGCGGUACGGCGCGGCGCUCGCGCGCCUCGCGGCGUGCGACCGGGCGGCGAGGACGCUCCUCAGCGGUUGGCGGGCGCGCCACGCGCGGCGCAUCCUGGCCGCGGCGAAGCACGCCCGCGCGGCCGGCGUCGCGACGAAACUCUACCUCGAGGAGCGCGGCGGCGCCGCCGUGCGGCGCGCGUGGGCGGCGGACAUGGAGGCGUUCGAAAAGGAACAGGCGGCGGCGCGCGCCGCCUGGUACGAGGACGCGGCGCAGCGCGAGGGCGAGCUGCGCCUCGCGAACACGCUGCGCCACGGGUGGCGCGCGGUCGCCGUCCGCGUCGCCGACCUGGGCGGGCUGAAGGUCGACGCCGACGACGCGCUCGACGAGACCGCGGAGGUGGAGGCGUUCGAGCGCGCGCGGCCGCCGAAGCCGCGGGUCCGCGGCAAGCGGACGCUCGACGCGCGCUUCCGGGACGCCGACCAGGCGCGGUACCGCGACGCCCCGCGCGUGCUCGUCGCCGCCGAGGACCGCGGCGACGCGUGGGCCAAGACCGAGCGCGAGCGGCUGCGGGUCGCCCCGCGGUACGCGGCGGACGACGACGCCGCCGCGCUGCACUGGCAGACGUACUACCGCGCGCACCGCGCCCGGGGGCGCGUCGCCGCGGCGCGCAAGGACCGCGCGCGGCGCGCGCGGGAGCAGCGGGAGAAGGAGGAAUGGGCGCUGACGCAGCAGGAGCGAUCGCGCUACGUGUCGGUGCGCUGCGGCCUCGAGGUCUUCGAGCCCGACCUCCUCGCCGGCCGCGCCGCGCCCGCCGCGCCCGCCGCCGCCGCGAAGGCCCCGGACGACGCCGACGACGCCGACGCCGCCAAGGGCCCCUUCGAGGGCGACGAGUGCCCCAUCGUCGAGGACCUCCACGUCCCCCGCCGGCGUGGAUUCGAGGCGCGCCGUCGCGCGAGUCGCCCGAGAGGAGAGAGCGAGCGAGAAAGAGCCCCUGCGCCCCGCGCAGGUCGUCGCGCGCUUCGGCGCCGUCGGCGAGCACUGGUACGCGGGGACGGUCCAGGACGCGACGCGCGCGGCCGAGGGCGUCUUCACGGUCGCGUUCGACGACGGCGACGUGGACGACGCCGUGCGGCGCGAGGACAUCCGCGUGCCGCGGCUCGCGGGCGGGGACCGCGUCGAGGCGCUCUACGGCGCGACGGACCACUACUACCCCGCGACGGUCGUCGGCGUGAACUCGCGCGACGGGGUCUACCGCCUCAAGUUCGACGACGGCGACGUCCUGCCGCGCGCGCCGCGGACGUCGCUCCGCGUGCUCGACGCCGACGACCGCGUCGCGGCGCAGGCGCGCCGCGACGCGCGCGCGCGCGUCGAGGCCGAGGCGGCGCGGCGCGGCGCGCUCCGCGCCGCGGCGCAGCAGGCCGCGCGCGCCGACGACCUCGCGGCCCUCGCCGGCCUCCGGCGGCGCUUCGAGCGGGCGCGCGCGGUCGACGGCAAGGACGCCGUCGCGGCCGCGUUCCGCGCGACGGCCGCCCGGACGCGCGCGCCGGACCCGCACGCCCCCACCGGCGCGGAAGACGCGUGCCGGCCGGCGCCGCCGAGACGCGUGCUCGCUCCGCGCAGGCCGCCGCGCUCGCCGACGUCGCGGCCGCGGCGCGCGACGCGCUCCGGAUGACGCGGCCGCGGUACGUCGUCAAGCUCCGGAUCGAGUACACGCGCGUCGCGCUGCGCUACGGCUGGACCGAGCGCGAGGACGAGUCGGGCCGCGCGUUCUUCGUCCACGCGCGCGGCCGCGCGGAACCCUCGCCGCGCCCUCGCGCGCGGGACUCACGGGUCGCCGCCGCCGCAGGUGUCCGGGCGGACGACGUGGGAGCGGCCCGCCUUCGACUUCGAGGAGGACGGCGCCGCGCGGCGCCUCGUCCGCGCGUACCGCGCGUACGUCGAGCGCCGGGAGCUCGCGCGGGACCUCGGCUCCGACCACCUGCCGGCGCUCAUCGCCGACGUCCGGGAGGCCGCGUGCCUCGUGUGCCCCUGGUGGCCGCGCGGCGACCCGCUCCGCGACGCCGACGCGUCGCCGCCGCUCGAGCUCUGGCUCGCGCGGCGCGGCUUCUCGCGCGACGCCGUGGCGCGCGCCGCGCGCGUCGCCGCGCGCCGCGCCCGGCGCGAGACCGACGCGACGCGCCACCUCGCGCGCACGGACGCCGAGCGCGCGCGCGCCGACCGCGCCGCGCUCCGCGAGGCGCGCGCCGAGGUCCUCGCGGCGAUCCGCGCCGUCGAGGCGGCGUCGCGCGCGCGCGACGCCGCGCUCGCCGAGGCGAAGCAGGCCCACGACUGGCGCCGGCGCCGCGGCGAGCCGGUCGGCGACGACCUCGAGGCCGCGACCAAGGCCCACGCCGACGAGACCGCCGCCGAGGACGCCCAGCUCGAGCGGCUCGGCCUGCGCGACGCCGCCGACCGCCGCUGGCUCCGGCGCUACGACGACGCGCGCGCGAAGCCGCUCGCGUACUGGACGUCGGCGCGCGACGACCGGCCGCUCGCCGACGCGCUCCGGGCCCAGGGGCCCGCGGCCUACGGCGCGCCGCUGCUCGCGGCGUACCGCAACCAGAAGAACCGCUGCGCGGCCAUGGCGGCCGCGCUCGCGGCGAGCCGCUUCCCCGUCACGGGCUGCAUGGUCGACCGGCUCCUCGCCGACUUCCCGAGCAAGCCCGCGGCGGCGCAGGACGCGGUCGCGGCGCGGCUCGUCGACGUGCCGACGACGGCCGUCGCCGCCGACGAGCGCGCGGCGCUCGCGGCGCUCGCCGCGGGCGCGCGGCGCGUCCGCGACCUCGUCGCCGAGAGCGGCGCGACGGAGCUCGCGGAGCGCCUCGACGCGACGUACCGCGCGGCCUGCGCCGUCGAGCAGCCCCUCGACGACGCGGCGGCGACGGGCUCGGCCGGCGCGACGGUCCUGGCGCUCCGGCGCCAGGCGCUCGCCGAGGCGGACGCGGCCGCGGCCGCCGCGCGCGGCGGCGAGGCGUCGGGCGCCGCCGCGCGCGCGUGCUGGCUCAUCGACGACGGCGUCCUCGAGCUCGCGCUGCGCGCCUGGCGCGCCACGACGCGGCUCCAGACGGGCGCGCGCCGCGCGAGCGCGCUCCGGCAGCACGCGCGCCGCAAGGCCGCGCGCGCGGCGGCCGGCGCCCUCGUCCGGCGCGGCUGGCGCUGCGUCCUCGCGCGGCGCCUGGCGACGCUCAUGCGCGCGCAGCAGCGCGCGCCGUGGCACAUGCUCCACGACGACGCGUCGGGCGCGUUCUACUUCCAGCACGUCGAGUCGGGCGAGGUGUCGUGGGAGGCGCCCGAGGGCGGCGAGGCGGCCUACCGGCCCCAGGUCGUCGACCGCUUCUCGGGCCGCUGGGUGCUGGCCUGGCCGCAGCUCGAGCGGCCGAAGCCGCUCGCGCUCCAGCAGCCGCGCGAGGGCUACUGCAUGGCCUGCAAGCUCGAGCCGGCGACGCGGCGCUGCGACACCUGCGCCGCGCCGCGCUUCGAGCUCGUGCCCCCGUCCUGGGGCGACGGCCACUUCCACUUCUGCUUCGCGUGCUUCUACACGCACCACGACCGGUCGCCCGCGAUGAAGGCCCACAAGGCCGUGCUCACGCGCGCGCUCACGGCGCCGCCGCUCACCUGCUGCGUCUGCGCCGAGCCCGCCACGCGCCGCUGCCGCGGCCUCGUGCUCCCGCCGCGCGGCCGCUUCAUCCUCCAGCGCUUCCUCCUCCAGCACGCGGUCGCCGGCGACGCCGUCCGCGUCGACGACGACGACGACGCCGGCGGCGGCGGCGCCGACGACGCGGACGCCGAGGCCGCCGCGGCGCCGGGCGAGAGCGAGGCGGCCCGGGGCGAGCGGCGCCGCGCGCGCGAGAAGCGCGAGUUCGACGCCGACGGCGCCGCGGCGCGCGCGGCGCUCGCGCGCGAGAACGAGGAGCUCGCCGCCGAGGCCGGCAAGCCGGCGCCCGAGGCCGCGGACCCGCGGACGCUGACGGCCGCCAAGCUCCGGACGGCGCUCCGCGGCGCCGGCGUGCCGCUGAGCCUCGCGCGCGCGCGCGCGCUGCACGCGCGCGCGGCCGCGGCCAUGGGCCCGCCGCCGCCGCCCGGCCCCGACGACGCCGACGCCGAGGCCGCCGCGGCCGCGGCCGCGCCGCGGCGCCUCGCCGCGUACCACGGCGCGCUCGUCGCCGCGCUCGCCGAGGACGCGGCCAAGUGCGCCGACGACUACUGCGCGGACUGCUGGGCCGCGACGCACGCGCGCGGCGCGCGCGCGCGCCACGCCUGGACGGGAUACGCCGCGAAUGCCUCCGUCUGCGCGCUCUGCGAGGCCGACGUCGCGCGGCGCCGCUGCGACGAGUGCGGCGACGACCUCUGCGUCGCCUGCUCGCUCCGGAUCCACGCGCGCGGCAAGCGCGCGCGCCACGCCGUCGUCGCGCUGCGCGAGCCCCUCUCGGACUUCCAGCUCAACGCGCUGAACGCCUCGCACUGCCAGGCGUGCGACUACGCGGUCGCCGACCCCGCGCACGGCUGCACGCUCUGCGGCGCGCGGCUCUGCGAGAGCUGCCUCCUCUUCGACCACGACGCCGUCUGCGCCAAGCGCGGCGGCGCGCGCGCCGCCUCCAUGGGCCUCGACCCCGACCUCCCGACCAAGUGCGCCGUCUGCGGCCGCCGGCCCGAGAUCCGCUGCGCGCAGUGCGGCGAGGUCUACUGCCUCUGGAUGGGCCAGCCGCGCUGCUUCCGCCAGCGCCACGUCAAGGGCAAGCGCGCCGACCACGAGUACGUGCCCUACACGCUCCUCGAGGGCCUCGAGCGCCGCGUCGCCGCCGAGGACGCCGCCGAGGCCGACCGCGUCGCCGCGCGCCGCGCCGAGCAGCAGCGCGCCGCCGCCGAGUUCCUCGCCGAGUGCGAGCGCCAGGAGGCCGCCGACCGCGAGCACGCGGCCCUCGUCGACGCCGCCGCCGAGGAGCUCCUCCGCGAGCAGCUCCGCCUCGAGCGCGAGUCGCGCCGCGGCCGCCACCUCCGCGCGUUCUGGCGCGGCCUCGUCUCGCUGCUCCCGGGGGCCCUGCGCCGGAGCCUCUCGCCGCCGCCGCGCCGCGACUACCGCCGCGACCGCCUCCGCGCGGACGAGUUCCGCGCGCGCAAGGAGCGGGGCGAGGUUGGGGAGUGACGUGGUAUCUAGUACUCUUUUGU